AUGUCGAUGUCCUCGAGCUCUCUUCCACCGGAUCUCUUCGACCAGACGACUCUUAUUUCCCUGGCAGCAACCGUCGUGCUCCUGGCCGUCGCCAUCGCCGUCUCGCGACGCGUCCUCCAUCCUGCCACGUCGGCGACGUACCGCGUCCUUUUCAUCUGGCACGCCUUCGAUGCUCUGAUCCACUUCUUCCUCGAGGGGAGCUUCCUCUACCACUGCUUCUUCUCCUACAUCUCCGUGGCCGACGUGGUCGACAUUGGAGCCCUCCACCCGACGCCCUACAACUACCUCGGCCACACCGACCGCGUCUACGGCGCCCAAGCCGGCGGCGACAACCCCUUCGCCCAGCUAUGGAUGGUCUACGCCAACGCCGACAAGCGCUGGGCAGGUGCUGAUCUGGGCGUCAUCAGCCUCGAGCUGCUCACCGUCUUCGGCGCCGGUCCGCUGGCCGUCUACAUCUGCUACCUGAUUGCGCGGCGCGAACCCAAGGUCAAUUUCUGGAUUGUCGUCAUUGCCACGGCGGAGAUCUACGGUGGCUUCAUGACGUUCUGUCCCGAGUGGCUGACCGGCAACAUCAACCUCGACACGAGCAACUGGAUGUACCUGUGGCUGUACCUCGUCUUCUUCAACAUGCUGUGGGUUUUUAUUCCGGCGUGGGCGCUGUGGGUGGCAUUCAAGGAGAUCACGGGGGCUUUUGACGCGCACAAGGCCCUGGCGAAGAAGAACCUGUAG